AUGGCCAGUUGGCACUCGCAUCGUAGAUUCAGGAAGCUGGAGGAGGACCAGGAGGAGGAAGAAGAAGAGGUGGAGAUAGGAGUGGAGAAGGAAGUGGAGAAGGCAGAUGCAGAGGAGGAGAAGGCGGCAAAGGAGGAGGAGAAGGGGGUGGAGGACUAUGAGACUUUGGGCAAUGAGUACUUCUGGAAAAUUAUGGACAUCGAUGACGGCAAUUAUGACGACCUCCAGGGCUUUCGCCCCCGCUUAACCAGCAUCUCAAGCCCCAGCCUGAGCCCCACGCCGACGUCCAGCGAGCCUGAGGCGAUGUACAGCGAGCCUGAGACUUCGCUCAGGCAGAUUUCAUCGAGCACACGCAGAACACCCAGCAGGAGCUCGAGCUCCUACAGCAGCGUCUCCUCUCAGAAAAAUUUUCCUAAGAUAUUCCAGACGUUUAGGAGAGACACAUCUGAAACAAGUUUAGAUAGGACAAUCUCUGGCGGUUUGUAUCCAGGAGCCCCAAUAUCAGUUCAAACAGACGAGAGUUGGCUUCAAGAUUUGUCCAACAAAAAGAAGUCUGGAACAAAAACACCCUCUGCACUGAAGGAAACUAAACGUAAAAAGAAAGCUAAGUUAAUAAGAGAAAAAUGGGUAAUUAAUCCAGAAGAGCCAGAACUAACUAUUUUAUGUGAGCUGGAGUUUAAGGAAGACUUCAUAACACUAUUUGAGCCUUCUCUAAGAACGUUACCCAGCAUUGGGCCGCCACCCUUUCUGGCAUUCAAACGAGAGAGUUUUGACUUCGGCACUGACUUUGAGGAAGAAGAGGAGGAAAUAUUACCCAAGUGUGAAUUUUGUGGGAGUGAUCUAAGAACAUUUCUUUCCAUUGUGGAUAUUUAUGCUGACUGCAGUAGCUCUGAACCAAUAGAAUAUGCCCCCUGUUGUAGUUAUUUCCAAAAUCUGAUUGACUACAUGUAUGAGGAAAAACUAAAAAUCCAAAGCUGUAAAGAUGAAUUAAUCUGUAUCAAACCUCACGCAGCCCACGGCACUGACAUUGAUAGACUCAAAGCAAAGGAAAAAGCCCUGAGGAGAAAACAGGAGCAAAAAAUGGCCAAACAUUUCACAGUAAAAACAAAUGAACACACUGGCUUCUUUGAAGAAGAUUCAAAACAUCUCAAAACAAUUUCUUAUCAGCUUUCUGUGGAUAUUCCAAAACAAGAGGUAGUUGAAGACAGACUAUUUGAUUUUGAACUAGACAAAAGAAACAUGUCCAUUGCAUGUUGUGAUUCUAGGAAAGCAUGUGGAAAGAUUGUGAGAAAUGAGCUCUUGGAGAAGAACUACAAACAUGGGAGCAAGUUUCUGACUUCAUUUCCAGAUGGAACAACGCAAAUAUUCUACCCAUCUGGAAACCUAGCCAUCAUCCGAGUGCCCAACAAGACAGAUGGCUUCACUUGUAUAGUCCAAGACGACAUGCCCGCUAACCCUGCCAUCCUGGCAGUGCUGAAUUCUUUUGGCAGAAGUUCCUGCUAUCAUCCCAAUGGAAAUGUCUGGAUGUACAUCAACAUCUUGGGAGGCCAAUGUUCAGAUCAAGCCGGCAACAGAAUAAGGGCUUGGAAUUGGUCAAGUUCUGUUGCCUCCUCACCCUUUGUUUCAUUUAAACCUGUCUUCCUGGCUUUGAACCAUUAUGUUGGAAUUCGCAUGUUAGAACAAGACAAGAUUUCAAUCACUUUCCUAGCAAUGGGCCAACAGGCAAGAAUCAAUAUCGGAACCAAAGUGAAGCUAAUGAACCCUGAGGAGAUUCCAGUUCACCACUACAUCAACGAGAAUGACCUUCUUCUGCUGGCCACUUUAAUAAAGAUUCGACGCCUGUUUCAUAAACUUGAAGGAUGUGUAAAUUUCCCAUCUGGCCAGGUUUGGGAAAAAUUUAAGCAACCAUCUUACCUUUCUUCACUUUCUGUAAAACUAAUGGCCCUCUGUCACAGUUCUGGUAUAAAGCAAGAUAAAAUAACAGCAAUAGCAGCUAUAAUAAAUGAAAAAACUUAA